CUUCCCCUUCGCGAACUCCUAGGAACGAAAAACGGUAUCACAGUCUCCACCAUCCCCGACUAUCACUUGCGGGAAACGUUCUACUCGAAUGGAAUCGUCGGACCCGAAAUCCAUCAGGAGAGCGAUCUGGUCUGGCUCCAUUCCUUGCAAAAUCUUACUGGACCCCGGAGAGUCCCGAGUUUUUGACGCUUCGGACCCGUACUAUAUAAUAAUACCGCGGAUCGCAUACCUACCCUUCUUCACAGAACGGAUAUGCAACUUCUUCCGACCGUUCGUGAUAGACCCGGAGGUCGCAAAACCGGAGUCCGCAUGGUUUGAGUUUGAGAGUGUUCCGAUGAAAUGGCACUGGCCUGUUGGUCUUCUGUAUGACCUGUUUACCGGACGUGAUCCGGCUGCUAAUAAUGUUGAAGAGGACGACGAGCAUUUGCUCCCUUGGACAUUAAUAGUUCACUUCCGAGAUUAUCCCGCAAAACAUUUGAUGCGAUUAGAGGGUCCGGCGACUUGUUAUGAUUCGUGGAUGAAUACAGUUAAGGAGGCAGACCACGUCCGGAAUGGAAGUGCCAAAGCGGUCAUGAGCUUAUCGAAAGCAGAAUCAACCAAGCUUUGGGAUUCAUUACAGUCACAUGACUUCGAUCAAUUCUGGAGCGUCAACGACAAAUUAGUCUCAGUACAGGCCCGUAAUAUCCCUCUAAGGUUAUAUGUUCCUUCUGCACCACGGGUGGUGCAGCAACCAGUACCUCCGGAUUUGCCAUCUCAAGAACCUCAAACAGUCGGUACAGCAUUACGCACACUUCUUCCUGAACUUUUCCCCAGUCAAAGAGUGCCAGUUCUUGCAAGACCUGUAGUCCACGGAGUCGUUGUCGCAAUGGGUACCCCAUUAUUGGAAUUGAUGCGAGAGGCAGUCUAUCCGGACGGAUUUCUACAUAUAUCCUUAGCCAUGAUGUCCUAGGAUUCGAUCGGUGUGCAGCUACAUUGUCUGGUGGGGUACCAGUACACCUACUUGUAGCAAUUCUUGUUGUUCGGGAAGGUCAGGCGUUUCUGGUGUUUUUAAAGGUGAGACCUGCAAUUUUGUGGGGAAAAGGAAAUAUCGUGGUAAAACCUCAUCUCUGUCGUGAAUUUUACACAAGAGCCUUCUUUAGAGUUUAUAUUAGGCAAUGCGACAAAAUUAGUUUUGGGG